GGACUGCCCAUUACUGGUACCAGCAGUACUGGAGAAUGAAGAAAUUCCGGCCUCAGUCCCAGAAAACCUUUUCAAAGAAGCCAAGAGACAAGCUGGUGAUUUCCGAUAUGACACAGUUGCUGAAACACUUGUGUUUACUGGGCCAAGUGGAAACGAGUCUUCACCCUUUAUCCCAUUCUUGCACCGUGCAGAAUUACUCGAUGUGCUUCAUAAGGAGUAUGGCCAUCGGGGUGUCAACGGUAUGCUUGACUUGCUCAGAGGACAGGGUUGGUGGCCUGGAUGACGAAAAGAUUGUGAGACAUAUUGUCGGACAUGUCCACAAUGUCAAAUCUUCUCCGAUCCAAGGAAACGACAGGCGUUUGAAGAACAACACCCGCUUCCACCAGUUGAACCAUUUGAGCGAUGGGGAAUGGACUUCAUCGGAAUGCCAGAGACCAGAGACGGUCACAAGCAUAAAUGGAUCUUGACGAUGGUCGAUCAUGCCACGGGCUGGCCCAUUGCAAUUCCGAUGCGAAAGGCCAGAGGCCAACAAGUUGCCCGGGAGAUUUGGGACCAGAUCGUUAUGCACUAUGGAGUGCCAAGUGAAAUCCUCACGGACCGUGGAAAGAACUUCCUUGCUCCGGUUGAGAUCCGACUCCAUGGAACGAAUUCUUGAUGCUGCACUAUUUGCAACUCGAGUCCGACAGCAAACCACAGCCAAGUGGUCACCAUUUGAGUUGUUGUAUGGUCGAAAGCCUCGGUUGCCAUUUGACCAGCCACUUCUCCGUGCCCCAGAUGCUGCACUCCCAGGGGAUGCAGAGCACUCGGAACGGUACUUGCAAAUGCAGAAGGCUCGAGAAGAAGCUUCGGAGCGAGGCACUAUCCGUGCACUUGCAGACAAAGAGCGGUGGGAUCACCAACUCAAUAUCGGGACGGAAGGGACACAGCAGCCUUUUGAGGUUGGUCAAAAGGUGCUGCUCUGGAAUGAAACUGCAAACAAGGGUGAUGCACAUUGGUUCGGACCAUUUGUGAUCACUACAAAACUGGAUAAGGGAACCUAUCAACUGAAGGAUAGACGUGGACACUUACGACCAGGCUUGGUGAAUGGAAACCGUCUUCGACUUGCUCAUCUCCGAGAAGAUGAUACAAACCAUCGGGCUUGGGUCUUGCCAAAGGCAACACAACGGCAGUGGUCGAAGGAAGACAAGGAAGCCGCUUCACAGGCUGUUGUCCGUGCCAUGCCUUCAAUACGAAUUAUCGGUCGCUUUGCCAAUCCAAAUACCGGGUCUGCACCAGUCACGGUUACAGAAGACAAAACCAGAUCUGCACCAGUGACGGUUGCAGAAGACAAAGCCCAGUCUGCACCAGUGACGGUUGCAGAGGACGAAUCACAGAAUACACAGUGAACAGUUAUGCCAAGACGGAGAUCAUGACCCAUGGGUCAAGAUCACGGAAUUCCGCAAACUGUUCCAGUGAAACAAAGGCCACAGACUCGAUUCUAAACCGAUAACACAAACAGUACCCCAAGACUGCAGGUCUUGGGUUACAAUCCUCCAGACGGAGGUCCGAUUCCCUCAACCUGAAGCCCCGGAGCAACCCAAACAGUCGCCUGCACAGAUGUGUGAAGUUAGUAAAUCCGAUGCAAAAGGUGGUCCACUGAUUGCAUAUGCAUGUCCAGUCCUCCAGAUGGAGGUCCAUAAUGCAGUACACACCAGCCUUACCAGGACGCACCAAAACUCGAAGCAAUCCCAGAAGACGACAGACACAGAGCAGAGCCAGAAAGCAAAUUCCGUCUCAAAAUCACAAAAAACCAUCCAUCCAGCCCAAGAACAGCUCAGAUCAGCCCAGAAACCAGCCAGAAUCAUCUCC